AUGAAGCCGUUGGAGAAAUUUUUGAAGAAGCAGACGUCGCAGCUGGCGGGGCGAACGGUGGCGGGAGGUCCCGGCGGGGGUCCGGGGAGCUGCAGCGGGCCUGGAGGGGGUGGGGGACCCGGCGGGGGCGGCGGUCCAUUCGGGGGACCGCGGCCGCUGCAGCGGCGUCAGAGCGUGUCCCGCCUGCUGCUCCCAGCUUUCCUCCGGGAGCCCCCUGCCGAGCCGGGGCUGGAGCCGCCCGCUGAGGAGGAAGGGGGAGAGCCGGCGGGGGUCGCAGAGGAGCUGAGCAGCGGGGGGCCCUGUUGGCUGCAGCUGGAGGAGGUGCCGGGGCCCGGACCGCUCGGGGGAGGGGGGCCCCUGCGCUCUCCUUCCUCGUACUCCUCAGACGAGCUGUCCCCGGGCGAGCCCCUGACUUCGCCGCCCUGGGCCCCCCUGGGCGCCCCCGAGCUGCCGGAGCAUCUUCUCAACCGGGUUCUGGAACGGCUGGCCGGAGGGGCCACCAGGGACAGCGCCGACUCAGAGGUCCUGCUGGAUGACAUCGUCCUCACCCACUCUCUCUUCCUCCCCACGGAGAAAUUUCUGCAGGAGCUACACCAGUACUUUGUUCGGGCAGAGGGCAUGGAGGGUCCUGAGGGGCUGGGCCAGAAGCAGGCCUGUCUAGCAAUGCUCCUCCAUUUCUUGGAUACCUACCAGGGGCUGCUGCAGGAGGAAGAGGGGGCUGGCCGCAUCAUCAAGGAUUUGUACCUGCUGAUUAUGAAGGAUGAGUCCCUUUACCAGGACCUCCGAGAAGACACACUGAGGCUGCACCAGCUUGUGGAGACAGUGGAGCUAAAGAUCCCAGAGGAGAGCCAGCCACCCAGCAAGCAGGUGAAGCCCCUCUUCCGCCACUUCCGCCGGAUCGACUCCUGUCUGCAGACCCGAGUGGCCUUCCGGGGCUCUGAUGAGAUUUUCUGCCGGGUCUACAUGCCCGACCACUCGUAUGUGACCAUACGUAGCCGCCUGUCAGCGUCUGUGCAGGACAUCCUGGGCUCUGUGACGGAGAAGCUGCAGUACUCGGAGGAGCCCGCAGGCCGUGAGGAUUCCCUCAUCUUGGUAGCUGUGGCAUCCUCGGGAGAUAAGGUCCUUCUCCAGCCCACUGAGGACUGUGUUUUCACCACGCUGGGCAUCAACAGCCACCUGUUUGCCUGCACCCGGGAUAGCUACGAGGCCCUGGUGCCCCUCCCUGAGGAGAUCCAAGUGUCCCCUGGCGACACAGAGAUCCACCGAGUGGAGUCUGAGGAUGUUGCUAACCACCUUACUGCUUUCCACUGGGAGCUGUUUCGAUGUGUGCACGAGCUGGAGUUCGUGGACUACGUGUUCCACGGCGAGCGCGGCCGCCGGGAGACCGCCAACCUCGAGCUGCUGCUGCAGCGCUGCAGCGAGGUCACGCACUGGGUGGCCACCGAGGUGCUGCUCUGCGAGGCCCCGGGCAAGCGCGCGCAGCUGCUCAAGAAGUUCAUCAAGAUCGCUGGCAUCUGCAAGCAGAACCAGGACCUGCUGUCCUUCUACGCCGUGGUCAUGGGGCUGGACAACGCCGCCGUCAGCCGCCUGCGGCUCACCUGGGAGAAGCUGCCAGGGAAAUUCAAGAACUUGUUCCGCAAAUUUGAGAACCUGACAGACCCCUGCAGGAACCACAAAAGCUACCGGGAAGUGAUCUCCAAAAUGAAACCCCCUGUGAUUCCUUUCGUGCCUCUGAUCCUCAAAGACCUGACAUUCCUGCACGAGGGGAGUAAGACUCUUGUAGAUGGCUUGGUGAACAUUGAGAAGCUGCAUUCAGUGGCUGAAAAAGUGAGGACAAUCCGCAAAUACCGGAGUCGGCCCCUUUGCCUGGAUAUGGAGGCAGCCCCUCAGCACCUGCAGACCAAGGCCUAUGUGCGCCAGUUCCAGGUUAUUGACAACCAGAACCUCCUCUUCGAGCUGUCCUACAAGCUGGAGGCUAAUAGUCAGUGAGAAUGCAGGUGUGGCCAGGCCUCCACCAGGGUCCACGGGCUUCUGGCACUCAAGCACUUUGCACAUUAUCCCAGCCUUCAUUCACCAUCUUUCCCCUGGAACGAACUUCCUGCCUCCCAGGAAAGAGUUGGAUGGACUCAUAAGCCUGCUCAUCCUGCUGAAGUCCUCUCUCCCCCUUGCUCCUUCAAGCCAAAACUGCACUCUGGCUCCUGUCCUCGCCAGCAAAAGGGGAUAGAGAUCUCCUUCCUCUGUCCCCUCCCAUCAAGGUCUGUUCCGGAGAUGGAGUUUCAAACCGCCUCUUCCCAAGCAGGAAGAAAAGCUGCCCACCCUCCGUCUCUCAGAGAGGAGUUGUGGGAGGACUUUGCAGCAGAACUCUCCACCACCUGUCUGCUUCUCCCUUGGCUGGGUUGGGACCCCUGGAUGUAUCACCCUGGAAUAUUAUAUCGCCCUUGUGUCUGUGUGUUUGCGUGUGUGUGCACACGCACACAUGUGUGCACGUGCGUGUGGUGCAUGUGUGAAUCCCCUUUUAAGGAGCAGGAGUACAUCUGGUAACUGAGAGACGGCGUUGUAUGUGCUGUGGGGGCCCUUCUGUUUGGUGCUACCCUGUCGCCUCUGCCUCUAGGACUGUGCAGCUGCUUUCCCCACCCUCACCACUCCUGCUCAGCUCCUGGCGCUGCCCUGCGUGCAGCGGCUUGUGGGUGAAGCUGCUCCUGAGGGCAGGGAGAGCAGCAGGUGGGAGGGGUUACCCAUCAGCCCUUGCCACCUCCUCAUCUCCCCGUCUCCAGAAGGUCCCGGGGUAGCCUCCCGUGAGAGGGUAAAGAUGCUCAGGGAAACACGGGCCUAAGCUGCCUAUAGGACCCUCCCACCCUCUCCUUUGCAGUGGGGUAAUGUACAGUGGCAUCAGGAGUUAGGGGGGCCUACUGCUCACCCUCGUUUUUGGGGGUGUCUUGCUGCUAAGAAGGGAGUUAUCUCCCUUUUGACCCUUGUGUCCCUAUUUGACUCCCCUUUCCUUCCCCAUCAGAGGUGGGGUGGGGUGGAUCUCUGUAUCUGGGUCAGGCAGCCCCUAAAAGCGGGAGGGGAGGGGGCAGCAGAGACAGUGAAGGCAAAACUGGACUCUGGGAUGCCUUUUCUACCUCUGUCUCCCCUCCCUUCCCAUCGUGGGCCUCCAGGGCAGAGGGUGCAGGGGCUCCUGGCAGCUACUAGGUGAGGUUUCCUGGCACAGCCUCACCCUCCUCUCGGGCACCACCUCUUUCCCUUUUGUAGAGGCAGCAGCAGGAAAAGGCAUCUGCAACUCCUGCUCAGAGGGUGUAUAUAUUUUUUACCAAAAGCUCUGGAAUUGUAAAUUUAUUUUUUAAAACUCAAAGAGGGAAAGAGCCUUGUAUCAUAUGUAAACACUGUAUCAUAGGUUAUGUUGUACAGUCCCUUUUAUACAGACAGCCAUCUGUCUUUCGUACCUGCGCAAAUAAAGGUCUCCGGACCCCCCUCCCCCGCCACACACUUGGCCUGUGCCCCACUCCCUCCGCCCCUUACAGUGACUGUGGUCCCCCUCCUGCUCUCAGCAGCGCUUCUCCUGGACCCCUCAGCAGCCUUCUCACUCCAGCCCCCACAGCCCUCCACGAACCCUGGGGCCCAUUGGUCCGGCUUUGGCUGCUGCCCACCCCUAGCCCUGCCACCUGUCCUGCUGCCUCCCGGGGGCCUCCCGGCUCCCACCCGGGCCUCGCGGCUUUAACAGCGUGAACCGUGCAUACUGUACAGGCUCGGGUGUCAUUGCAGAAACCACUCGGUGGAGAAAAAGCCAAU